UCAUGGGAGGGAGCCCUUGGCUGCUUUCCAUGUGCUCUGCCAAGGAAUGUAGCUAAAAAAAGCGAGAAAAAACACAACAGUGGAGUAGCUAGGAGGGCCCCUUCCGAUGCAGCGAGCUCUGAGCUCCAAACAGAUACCAUGAAGCGGUAGCAACGGCUGGGGGAUCCCCCUUCCACCGUCUCCGGACCAGGACACGCACGUUCGACCCUCUAGCAAGGGGCUAGAGAAGAGCGAAGCCGCACAGGAGAGUUAAAGGCUCUGAGGGCUCCAUUGCUUCCAUCCUGAAGGUCGAGCCACCUGCACCUUUAAUAUUCCCCCCCCCCCCACCGACCUAAAAUGCUGACAAUAAAGUUGCCUCAGAUAUUUAGGGUUCACCAAGUACCUCGUAUCUUCUGGGAGGAUGGCAUCAUGUCAGGCUACCGCCAUCCAAAGAGCUCUGCCUUGGACUGCAUCCUGAGCUCCUUCCAAAUGACCAACGAGACUGUCAAUAUCUGGACCCACUUCCUCCCGACAUGGUAUUUCGUGUGGCGGUUCCUGGUGCUCUCCUCCUCCCUGGAUUUCUGCAGAGACGCCUACAACUGGCCUUUCCUCGUCUACAUGUUGCUGGUCUGUCUGUACCCCUUCACCUCCAGCUGUGCCCACACCUUCAGCACCAUGUCCACCCAUGCCCGCCACAUUUGCUACUUCUUUGACUAUGGAGCCCUUAGCCUCUACAGCCUGGGCUGUGCUUUCACAUAUGGAGCCUAUGCGAUGCCAGACCGUUGGGUUAACAGCACUUUACACCAUUACUUUGUACCAAUGGCUGCUUUUAACUCAUUUAUCUGCACCAGUCUGUCUUGUUACUCCCGUUUCCCGGAAUUGGAGUGUCCCCGGCUGAGCAAGGUUUUACGGACAACGGCCUUUGUGUAUCCCUUUGUCUAUGACAAUAUCCCGCUGUUUUAUAGGCUUCUGUUCUGCUUUGGGGACGGCUGCACCUGGAACGAUGCCACCGCGGGUUACUUCUACCACCUCCUCUUUGCCCUGCUCACCGGCUUCCUCUUUGCCUCCCACCUGCCGGAACGCCUGGCGCCCGGGCGCUUCGAUUAUAUUGGGCACAGCCACCAGCUGUUCCACAUCUGCGCGGUGGUGGGCACUCAUUUCCAGCUGGAGGCCGUCCUGUCGGACGUGCGCUCGCGGCAGGCCUGGCUGAGCACCCGGGCCCCGGCGCCCGCCUUCUCUGCCACCUUCGGCACCGUCAGCCUGGCCCUGCUGGGGAACCUGCUCAUCAUCGGGGGUUUCACCGUGGCCCUGCUACGCUGGCCGGGCGGCUCCUCCAUCCUGCAGAGCACCGUGCCCGAGGCGGGCCGCUCCAAGGAGCAGUGAUGCCUGCCUGCCCCCAGAGACAAUGGGUGAGGGUGGCUUGGGGUCUGGGCUCAGAGGAGGCUGAAGGGAGAAGGGCCCUUAGCGUGUGCGUGUCAGUGCCUGGUGGGAUCCACCUAUCGUACCUCAGGACAGCUCCAUGCGGGAGGGGCCGUGCCCUCGUCACAAGGCUCCCAAACGAGCGAUCCCUGAAGUGGGGGUGCCCUAACCUAGGGCUGAGCCUCCAACUCUAGAUCCAGCUCUCACCAUUAGCCCAUACUGCCCGAGAGCUGGGAGAAGAACCCAGGCAUCCUGACUCCUGAUCCCUGCUCUGACCGCCUGUAACUGCAGCUGUCCUCCCGUGAGGCUGUGGACAUGGGCCGCCGGUAUGUCACCAGUGAUAGGAGGCCUCCAGAGAUGCUUGUGGCCAUUUGGCUUUGGGAACUGGGCGUGAUCCAGGGCUUUCCCCUGUCCCUUUAUCCCCUGAACCAAAUCCCAGGGCUGAUGCUGUCCCCUUCUAGCCCCUGGAUGGUUUGAAAUCCAAACCUGAAUGGGGCAGCUUGACUCCAUUACUGGCCAGAGACAAGAUGAGAGGCACAGGUGGCUUUAGCAGGACUCCUGGGUUCUAUUCCUAACUCUGGGGAGUGUGAUUUUUAUGGCUAGAGCAAGGGGCAUAGCAGCCUGGAUUCCUGGGCUCUAUUUCCCAUUCUGGAAGAAAGCCUGGUCCUAGUGGAUAGAGCAGAGGACUGGCAGCCACGACUCCUGGGUUCAGUUCCCAACCCUUGCACUGACUCAGUGUGUGACCUCGGACAAGUCACUCCCUGCUCUGUGCCUCAGUUUCCCAAUCUGUAAACAGGGCUAAUACUGCUCACCCACCCUGCCCAAAGACCUUGGAGAUGCUUGGAUGAGAGGCAAAGCAGGGGCCACAUCGAACCGGCUAGAAACCCCCAUGCACAGGACCCUGACGUUUGCGUAGGCUCACACCAGUCGCUGGGGCGGACCAGGUGAAGCUGCAACCACCACCUGCAGAUGGUCAUCCCCUUUCCCGGGGCAACUGGGGAUGUGAAUUUCAUAGGCUGGCCUUGGCCCUGGACCUGUGUUUUGGGCUCCCCAAGUUUAUCUAACUAGCUGCUGGCCUCUGUCACUAACCGCCCAUCACCACCUCUCAAUAGCUCCGCCUGCUAACCACAGAGCCACAUCGGCUCUCUCCUGGCUGCCCCGCCGACCUGCCAAUGUCUCACCUGCACUGUCCUCCAUCCCCAAGGGGAAGAGCUUGAUGCCAACGUGCCAGCUGAUGCCCUGGGGCGCCAGCCACCAGAGCCACAUACACGAGCCUCUGCUGCUUGAGCUAAACAGCCCCCUCCGUAGCUGGGGGCCGUAUCCGUGGAUCAGACUUGGAGAGGGCCCCGGGGGCAAGGGGCUUGGUGGGUCUAUGGACCGAGGUGAAUCUUGUCCUCCGCUCGCAUGGUUCUUUUUUACCAGCUGAUGGCAGGAGAAGUCUGGUGGGUACCACCCACCCCGGGUGACCCAGGGCUCUUCUGCGCUCUCAGGAGCAGGGCUGCCAAUUUUGGUUGGACGUGUCCCCAGGGGGCGAGGGAUCAUCACAUGAUGUAAUCUUGAAUGAAAGAUUCAUUUUUAAUUCCUGGAGAGUCCAGGGCAAUCCUGGAGGGUUGGCAGCCCUAGUCAGGAGGGGCUGACAUGAAAACCAGGCUGGGGCAGGGGGAAUGUGGCAAAGAUUUGUGUUUUGCAACAGGGCUAGCUUUGGUGGGGGAGCAGGCUUGAUUCAAAUAUAGAUUGUUAAACCUGCAUCUGACUGUGUGUGUGUGUGUGUGUGUGUGUGGUUUAUGGUGUAUUUUUGUGGGGUGGGGUGUGUGUGUGUGUAUGCACAUACGUGUGGUUUAAGGUGUGUUUGUGUGUGUGUCUCUCUCUCUCUCUCGGGGGGCGUUGUGGUAUAUUUGGGGGGGUUACAGUGUAUUUAUCUGGGGUAGGGUGUGUGAUGGUUUAUGGUGUAUUUGUGUGUGGUUUACUGUGUAUUUUUGUGGGGUGGUGUGUGUGUGCGC